AUGUUUUUAAGUCUGAUUUCGUUUGUUUCCUCACUUAAUUUCAACCAUACAUGCAAGUCAAAUCUUAAAGUUCCAGACCCUGUUCCAAAUGCAACUCUUGAACAGGUAAUUCUUCUUACAAGGCAUGGAUUUAGAGCUCCAUUUGAUGGCUACGGCAAUUACACACCAGAUGGAUGGAUCUGCGACUCAGAUGCAGCACCAUCACCAAGAAUGUCCACUACUCUAACAAAGGAAAACAGAAGAUAUCAUACAACUUAUGAACAGAAGACUUUACCAUAUCCACCAUCAUGCAGAAAAGCAGAUCUUACUGUAGAAGGUCAAGAAUUACACGUACAACUUGGCGCUUUCUACAGAAAAUAUUUAAUUGAACAACUUCAUUUCCUUCCUGAGUCAAUGGAUCCAGAAUUCAUGUACCUGAGAUCAUCUGAGCCAGAAAGAUGCAUCAGAUCUCUUGAAUCUUUCAUGCAUGGUCUUUAUCCACCAGAAUAUCCAGAUGAAUUUCUUAAGAUCGUUACAGGAACAGAUCCUUUAGAACUUCUUCAUCCUCGUCCAGACCAUUGCGCAGAUUUGACAAAAUCCUACAAUGACUGGAUAAAUUCGUCCAAGUACUUAGAAAAGAAGGAAAACGCUGCUAGAGUCCUCAAAGACCUUGUCAACCAGUCAGGAUUACCAUGGGAUGAAUGGCAGUGGCUUUGGGUUGGAGAUUGGCUCUAUACUAUCGCAUGCGUUGGAAAACCACUUCCUGAUUUCAUUACACAAGAAAUGCUUGACGUCGCAAUGGAUGCUGUUGAAUUUUACACCCUCGAUUUAUACCAACACCAGACAGGAGUCGCUGGAGCUUCAAUUAUCAGAGAAGUCCUUCAGCAUAUCUCUGAAAGGCAAGCUGGUGAAAAGAAUCAUAAGUUUGUACUCCUUUCUGCUCACGAUAUUUCGAUUGUCGCAGCUUGCGAUAUUCUCGGAAUUAAAUUGGACAAAAUACCUCCAUUCGCUUCCCAUAUGAUGUUCGAAGUAUACAGAUCUAACGGAAGAUUCUUGGUCAGAGUUUCUUUGAACGGUGAAGUGAUUUUGAAGGAAAUGACCUUACAGAAGUUCAAGGGACUCGUUCUUCCAUACAUUAACUAUUGCAAAGAAGUUGCAGGAACUGAUGCAACGGUACUUUAA